CUGUAUGUGUCGAAGCACGUAUCGUUACGUUCCCGUCUUCUAGAAUUAAGUAUAGACACAACAAGACACAGUGGGCCACAGAUCCGUCCAGCUAGAAACAACUAAACAUUUUCUAGCAAAAUGGCAACAACUACGACCGUCGUUGUAACUGAAAAAGAACCCAAUUGCUGCCGUGCUGCUAUUCCCGCCCUUCACAUCGGUGGUGCAGUCACAGCAUGUAUUUUUAAUAUUUUUAUUCCCGGAUUCGGCACUGUCCUAGCUGGAUUCUUUGUGUUUUGUUGUGGUAACCCUGGGCAACCUGUAGCAGGGAAAGUCGGAACAUGUUGUUUAAAUUUCUGGAUUGGACUGUUACAACUGGUUCUUUCACCCAUCUUCUUUAUUGGCUGGAUCUGGAGCUGGAUCUGGGCAUGCGCAUUCAUUGCUAUGUCAGCCGAUUACCAUAACAACAAAACAGAAACAACUGUUAUCACAACGUCCGCAGCACCAGCACAACCGACAGUAGUGUACAUCGAACACGAUGCAAACGCAGGGGACGAUGCCUCCUCCAGAUCAGCAACAACCACCGCCAGCAUACAGUGAAGAACAACAAGCCGUUCCAGGACAGGUUGACGAGAAGAAGGAAUAAUGCUACUGUCGUCGAUAUAUUUGUGAAAAUCUGCAAAUUACUCUCUGGACUUUAGAGAAAAAAUAAUGGAUUUUCAUUAUCCAGUACAAUUAUUAUGAAACUGCUGCAGCCAUCUUGUUAAUUUUCAUUGUAAGAAUACAUAAUACCAUAUUAUUGAGCUUUUAAAAAAUGACAUAUUAAAGAUACAAUAAGGACGAACUCAUUUAUUUUCAGUACACACAAAAACUGUUGUUUGAUAGUCGACACUGUAGACAAAUCUUAUUAUGAUUUAUCAUAAACUAAAAAUGUUGCGGUUACAGGACACACAACAGUAUUUGUAGAAUUUAAAAUCCAAACCACUAAUGCUCAUGUGCAGUCCUUGCUAUUGUUUGUGCCAAAACAACCAGUGCGCAUUUACAUUAGAGGAUUGCAUCGUCUCAUCGAACAAACACGCUUUGUGUGCCACAGGAACUUAACAGCGUUUGCAGUUUAUGAUAAAUCACAAUACAGUAUCCAACAACGAUAUUAAAAAAUACACGUCCUUAUUGCAUAUUUACCCGUUUAUUUACCCGUGAUAAAAUGACUAACAUUCUGUAAAUUUUAGCGUGUUUACAUGUAUGAAUCUUAUAAGAGAAUAGUUUGAUUUAAAUAUAACUUGCUUUAUAUUUUGUAGAUUUCAACAGCACUUAAUAUCGAAAAUUGUCUUAUUUUCGAACCCUGUUCCAUACACUCAGCGAGUAAGCCGUUGUAUUGCUGAUCCCCAUUAUAUAAACAUUCCAUAUAUUCCAAAUAUCACUGUAAAUCUAGCCGUCGUUUGCCGUGUCGUUUGGUACACGCAUCGUCGGUUAGGGUGGGUCACUGUAUUUCUUGCUGUCGUUGGCCGGGUCAUUUUCAACUUUAUUGAAAUGCUUGAGAUACUUGAUGAACAUGUGAUUGUGUCAGCGGUGUUUAUAACACACCUGUAAUUCAACCUCAGCUACUGUAUAAUGUGUGUCCUACAUUUAGGACGCAGUCGCACUCAUGCCUUAAAUAGGUAUAUGGCCACAUAUAGUAUAUAUGGUAUAGUAAAACUCAUUCCAAAUGUUGAUAUAUUUAGUGGGGUGCACAAUCUACAGAUGGAAUGCAAUAUUUUCUUCCUAACAUUUAACAGAUAUUUUUAUAUUUUAUGUACAAUUUUGUUUUGUAUAUACUGUUGUGUGUUUUUAUUUUGAGAAGCAUGUAAAUGGGACAUGAUCCCAUAGCAUUUCCAAAUAAAUAAAUAAAUAAAUCCAAUAUGUCCUGAUAUAUUGAAUAGAAACACGUGGAA